ACAUACUUAUCAUUCAAUCCUGAAAGAGUAUUUUAACUACUCUUUAAAUAGGUAUAUAUAAUGGUAAAUAUAAAGAAUGUAAACGCAUAAGGUAAUUUGAACGCAAGGCAAAUAGAAGGAAAGUUAUGAAUUUAAAAUACAAUUGUCAAAGAGAUAUUUUUGUUGUUUUGUUCUUGCUUUCCUGUGUGAAAACAGCAGGGUCCGUUAAGAAUAUCAACAAAUUUACAUUCAAGGUUAAACAGGAUUUUACAGAAACGAUCGUUCAUCAAUUUCGGAAAUACGAUUUAAGUUUGCUGUUUAAGAUACCGCCGACGACGUAUAUAUUUGAGCACACUGGUGAUGGUGACGGUUCUAGUGUGUUCCAGACCGUGUUACAUCAUUUUAGAGAUGAGAUAGUUGAAGCAGAACCUGUUCGUGUUUACAACAACACGUUAAAACCAGAAGAAUCUAAGUCCUGGGAUCGAGAAAAUAGUAGUUACGGAGAGACG